AUGUAUCAUUCCUCCUCGGAAACCCGACAUCCCCUGCAGCCGGAAGAACAAGAAGUGGGCAUUGACCCCUUGUCCAUAUAUUCCCACAGGCCUAGCGGUGAUGCAAAUAAAAAUGGAAGAACAAGUUCUACUUUAGGAUCUGAUGGGACGUACAGUUCAUACAGGAGAGAGUGGGAAGACCUGUUUGUAAACAGCAAUUACUUGGCAACAAUAAGGCUGAAGGGGAUUAAUGGGCAGCUGAGAAGCAGCAGGUUCCGCAGUGUUUGCUGGAAGCUUUUUCUUUGUGUUCUUCCUCAAGAUAAAAGUCAGUGGAUAAGUAGAGUUAAAGAAUUACGAGGCUGGUAUAGCAACAUUAAAGAAAUCCACAUCACAAACCCGAGGAAAACUGUCGGCCAGCAGGACUUGAUGAUCAAUAAUCCCCUUUCCCAGGAUGAAGGGAGUCUUUGGAACAAGUUCUUCCAAGAUAAAGAACUCCGAUCAAUGAUUGAACAAGAUGUCAAGAGAACGUUUCCCGAAAUGCAAUUUUUCCAACAAGAAAACGUGAGAAAAAUUCUUACAGAUGUUCUUUUCUGUUAUGCCAGAGAAAACCAGCAGUUGCUUUAUAAGCAGGGCAUGCACGAGCUGCUGGCACCCAUCAUCUUCGUCCUCCACGGCGACCACCAGGCUUUCCUGCACGCCAGCGAGUCCGCCCAGCCCAGUGAGGAAAUGAAGACUCUCUUGAAUCCUGAGUACCUGGAACAUGACGCCUAUGCGAUGUUUUCAAGACUUAUGGAGACUGCAGAACCCUGGUUUUCUACUUUUGAACAUGAUGGUCAAAAGGGGAAAGAGACAUUGAUGACCCCCAUCCCCUUUGCCAGGCCUCAAGACUUAGGGCCAACAAUUGCUAUUGUUACUAAAGUCAACCAGAUCCAGGACCACCUUCUGAAGAAGCAUGACAUUGAACUUUACAUGCACUUGAACAGACUAGAAAUCGCACCGCAGAUAUAUGGGUUACGGUGGGUGCGGCUGCUGUUUGGCCGAGAGUUCCCGCUGCAGGACCUCCUGGUGGUGUGGGACGCCUUGUUCGCAGACGGCCUCAGCCUGGGCCUGGUGGACUACGUCUUCAUGGCCAUGCUGCUGUACAUCCGGGACGCCUUGAUUUCCAGUAACUACCAGACCUGCCUUGGCCUUCUGAUGCAUUACCCACCCAUCGGGGACGUGCACUCACUGAUUCUCAAGGCCCUGUUCCUUCGCGAUCCGAAGAGAAAUCCAAGACCAGUGACUUAUCAAUUCCACCAAAAUUUGGAUUAUUACAAAGCCAGGGGGGCAGACCUCAUGAAUAAGAGCCGGACCAGCGCCCGAGGGGCUCCUCUGAACAUCAAUAAGGUCUCCAAUAGCCUGAUUAAUUUUGGAAGAAAGUUGAUUUCUCCAGCAAUGGCCCCAGGCAGCAUGAGUGGCCCGGUUCCUGGCGGCAUCAGUGGCCCCCCAUCCACUGUGGGGGUUCCAGCCAGGAGCGUCACUGACACCCCCCGGCACCACCUCCAGCAGCAGCAGCAGCAGCAGCAGCAGCAGCAGCAGAGGCUGAUGAAGUCGGAGAGCAUGCCAGUGCAGCUGAGCAAAGGCGAUGUAGUUACAGGAAGCGAUGCUCAGGCUUCUGUUCCUGUCCAGGCUCUAACUGACCUCCAAGGACAAACUUCUAAAAACAUCAGUUCGUCUCCCAGCAUCGAGAGCCUGCCUGGCGGGAGAGAGUUCGCCGGCUCCCCACCUCUGUCUGCGACAAAAAAAGAUUCCUUUUUCAGCCACAUCUCCCGGUCCCGCUCACACAGCAAGACCAUGGGCCGAAAGGAGUCUGAAGAAGAAUUAGAAGCCCAAAUCUCCUUCCUUCAAGGACAGUUGAAUGACCUGGACGCCAUGUGCAAGUACUGUGCGAAGGUGAUGAACACGCAUCUCGUCAAUAUUCAAGAUGUGAUUCUACAGGAGAAUUUGGAAAAAGAAGACCAAAUUCUGGUUUCCCUAGCAGGAUUAAAACAGAUCAAAGACAUCCUCAAAGGCUCCCUGCGUUUCAACCAGAGCCAGCUGGAGUCGGAGGAGAAUGAGCAGCUCACCAUCGCCGAUGACCACUACUGCUCAAGCGGCCGGGCGCCCGCGGCCACCACGCAGGCAUCCUCAGAGCCCACUGAUACAGGGAGCUCAGAGGACUUCAUCCUCGUCUCCAGAGAGGACGACAGGGACAGUGCCAGGGGACCCAUCCCGGGCCAGGCGCAGCCUCUCCGCACCGUCAGCCGCACGUCCCGCAAAGCUCAGACCUCGGCCCGCUGCCCGCUCACCUUCUCUGACCCGCUGACAGGCCCAGCCUCGGCCUCAUCCAGCAACCCCAGCUCCAGCCCCGAUGACAGCAGCAGCAGCCCCAGUAAGGACUCAGGCUUCACCAUCGUCAGCCCCCUGGACGUCUGA